CCACACCAGUCAACUUGCUUGCUGUUAAUGGCCCAGAUCCCUUAGUCCUUGCUUGAGCCAAAGACUACACUACAUCUUCGAAUUUACCCACACGGCGUGCUUGCUCGAAAGCACGUUACAUCUCUCCGAUUUUAACACUAUACUACUUUGACACUCUGCAAACAUGACUGUUUCCGGCCCUCCACAGUCGAACUCGACCAAGGACGCACAGGCGGCCCGUAAGCGCAGGAGACGGGCCCCCGCCGGGGGAGCUGCAGAUGACUGCUUUACAUGCAUCAAGAGGAACACAAAAUGCGACCGCCGGAGACCAUACUGCUCGCAAUGUCUAGAAAUAGGAAAUGAGUGCUCCGGUUACAAGACUCAGCUAACUUGGGGAGUUGGAGUGGCGAGUCGGGGCAAGCUUCGAGGUCUCUCGUUGCCUAUUGCCAAGGCGCCCCCUGUUGCGCCUGUAUCUAAGAAGUCGGUUACGCGGGCGAGAGCAAGCUCUGCUGUAACCCCGAACCAAUGGAGGGAUACGGAGGAGGCUGCGCGGAGACAACACCAACGAGAUGGAGUCGAGAUUGGCGUACAUCAUGUCACCUCCGUCCCUACCACUCCCUACGGAACAUACCCAGACUAUCCUAGAUUUUCACAGGCUGAGCCUCCUGUGACGGUAGCGCACACGACAUGGGGCAGUCUUCCAGCCUACGCCGGGCACAUGAGCCCCCAUGAGCACUCAAGAUACCAUAAGCUUAACACCACCCUGAACCACUAUCCCAUCAUGAGUGAGCCACUGUCUUCGUCAGUUGACUCCCUCAGCGAUGUGGACUACACCUUGUCCCCGAUGGCACAUACGUUCCCACGGGAAGAAGUGCCAUUCAUGCACAGUCCAACCCUCAUCUACGAGAAUUAUACCAGCCAGAGCUCCCCUGUACCGCAUAGCCCCGCUUCUGCCAUCGUGAUUGAUCAACGGGCGCCAACGUCCUGCCCGAGCCUCGUAUACGCGCCGUCAGAGCACAGCUCUAGUCUUGGCUCGCACCCCGACUCUUUCGAGCCUCAUAUGGGCUCAAGGCUGAUGUCCGACAGCGACGCGUUGAGCGUCCCGGAGAUGGAUUCGUAUAGCACCAGCCCGCACUCGACAGGGACGCCAUUCUGGGCUCCUUCGAACUCUCGAGAUGACGAUACGAGCUCUCAUUACGGAUUGGAAACCUCGAGUCUUCCACAUCCCUCCUAUGAGAACCACACGCUACAGGUUAGCCCUGAUCUCAUUAAUAAAGUGCCAUUCUUUAUGGACUACUACGAAAACAUCAUGUGCCCAUCAUUAGUGCUCAUUGAUGGGCCUAAUAACCCCUAUCGAGAUCAUAUCCUACGGCUAGCGUCGAGUAGUCGAAGCCUCCAACAUGCCAUCUGUGCCCUAUCCGCCUGUAAUCUGAGGAUGAAGAGAAGGCUAAGUCUCGGUCAACACACCAGGAACUCCCCGUUGGCGGCGACAGAAAAUGGUGGCACUGAGCAUGUCUCCGAUCCCGACGAUCGCUCCCUAUCAGAAGAACACGACCACCGCAACCUCGCCGUUUAUCUGUUAAAUGUGCAACUCAACGACCCAGCUAAAGCGUGCCAUGAUUCGGUGUUGGCCACUAUUUUGCUGCUCUGUCACUACCGAAUGGUUGAGUCUGGGGUGGCUAAAUUCCAGACUCAAUUCGCUGGGGUGAAGAAGAUUCUGUCCAUGCGAAACUCGGUUGGCUUGCAAGGUUCCCGCCAGUCUGCGUGGAUGGAAGCCAUCUUUACCUAUUUUGACUCGAUUUCCGCGAGCAUCAAUAACCGAGAAGCCCAAUUGACCACCACCUUCUUCGGGAUGUCUGCAGAAGCCAAACUAUUGCCACCCGGUGCCGAAAACAUAGUUGGCUGCGAUCGUGAGCUUUUCCAGACGAUCCAUAAACUAGGACGCCUCAAUCUGUUGUCCCAAAACCGACCAAUUCAGAGCGCGGUCGGCACACCCAGCGACCGGGGUGAAACCCCAACUACUUUUUCUCCUCUAGGCUCACCUUCGGCACAUAAUCUGAAGCAGGAGCCCGGAAGUUUCUUUGGUACAACACAUCGCUACGACGGUAAUGGAUUUGCGACCAAGUUUGACGACGAGGAAAUAUUCUCCGCUGGUCUUGGCUCACCAACCUCUGAUGACCACCGCUCCUAUUUUUGGCGAGAGUGGAAGGAAGCCCAUACAGCCCUCCAAGCUUGGGAAUUCGAUACCCAACGCCUAGUCGCUACUCUUCCCAGCUCGGCGUCUCAGAACCAGAUCCGUGAUCUCAACUUUCUAUCAGAAGCAUUCCGCUAUGCUGCCUUGUUAUAUAUCGAACGUUUAGCAUCACCGAAUAUCCCCUCCAACCACAAUAACUUCCGCAACCUCGUGAGCCAGGUGAUCUACUAUGCCACCUCGCUCGACGCCGGGAGUGGCGCCGAAAAGUUUUUGCUUUGGCCACUUUUUGUCGCAGGCAGCGAAUGUGUCAAUGAACUACAGCAGAACAUUGUGCGCAACAAGUGCCGCGACAUAAUGGCUCGCAGUGGCUAUAUGAAUAACAUGGCAGCCAUGGACGUGUUGGAGCGCGUUUGGCGCACCAACGAUGUUGCAAAGCCCGGUAGCAAGCUGGGCAUUCGGGCAGGACCAUUUAACUGGACACCAUAUAUAGGCGGUCCUGGUAUCGAGACCGAAUGGAUGAUGUUUUAGGAAACAUCUUCGUUAUUCGUUUAUCUAUUUUUUUUAAACCUCUGUUGCAGCAUUAUCUGCAAGGCGAGGCUAUCUCACAAUGUUUGACUAACAGGCGAUCA